GAAGAAAAUGCAGAUCGAGAGCUCAGCCGUUGAUGCUAUACAAGAGGCCACAGAGAAGGUCGUUGUCGAUGAAUUGCACAUGGCGAACCUCGCGGCCAACAGUGCCCAGCGUGCCGCUGUUCAAAAAGAAGACAUGGAAUUCGUUCGUCAGAUGCGACAGAUGAUACUUGGCUUUAGAUUCCCAGGUCAGGAGUGAUACGAGCCUUUGUUGCCUUUGUGCUUCUUUGCGCUAGCUUGGAAGAAGAGA